UGACUCCCCGCUUUCUUUUUUUUAUCUUUACUUCCAGUGUCUGAAUGCCAACUCUGUGGGUGAUGGAGUUGAGCAGGCAACUCUGUGGGAAGAUGAGGAGGUCCAGUAAGAGGGCCCAGCUCUCCUCUUCUCCUACAUCCACUCAGGGCCUGGAGAUCCACUUGUACACACCGGAGGUGCACCAGCUAGAGUACUUCAAGGGCUGCUACACCGCGUUGGAGCUCUGCGUGGACGCCGCCAAGAAAUGCUCAAUCUCUCCCUUGUGCCAUAACCUAUUUGCCCUGUAUGAUGAGACAACUAGCAUGUGGUACCCUCCCAACUAUGAGUUCAAGAUCACGGAUGAAACCAGUGUCAAGUUGCACUAUCGCAUGAGGUAAGACUACACUGGAGUUGAAUAUUACGGGGUGAGAGCCAAGACCUCCAAGUCAGUGGUCAUGAUAAUCAGAAAACUUCGAGAGUGCCCCCUUCAAAGUGGGUGCAAGUUGCUACCUUAAGUGACAGAGUUCAAGUAUAUCAUGGUAUGUGCUGUCGACAAGUAGACACCACUGGUAGUGAGCCGGGCCUGAAGGCAAAGCUUUUAUUUACCACUUGAUCUACAUUUCACCUCAUCUUUGGUCAAGAAGAUCUGGGUAAUGACCACAGGAUGAAUUCUGGGAUUCUUGUGGUUGAAAUGUGUUUGCUUGAAGUGCUGUCCCUCCAUGUUGAAAGGAUCCAAUUUGGAUCUAGACGCUUCCUGCAGGCCUCUCUUCGGACAUAUUAAGGGGCGUGUCCAAAUUGGAGCAGACUGUGCGACUGAAUGUGAAUACAGUUGGAACAUAUCCUGUAUCCAACUGAGCUGAAAGACAUGGCAAGGUGGAAGCCAAGACUACUUUGUGUAUCCCGCUGUCAUCACGGCAUGUGCCACAACAAUUGGUCGAACAUUAAUAGAAUACAGUGACUGUUGUAUGUAUUUAGUCCAUGGAAUUUGUCUCCGGUUUCCACUCCGCUCUCAAUGUACAAACACAAAUUUACAAUA